AUGCUAGUACAUGAACUAGCACAGUCCCUUGGCCAUUACUGUCGAGGCUCCAACAUCAUCAUCAAAUUAGACAUGGAGAAGGCCUUUGAUAGGAUAGAGUGGAGUUUCCUCAUUAAGGUUCUUAGAUGCUUUGGGUUCACCGAGGACCUCAUUAACUUAGUCGAUGCAUGUGUUAGGGAGAAUCAUUUCUCUUUAUUGGUGAACGGUAGCUCCACACCAUUCUUCACGGCCAUGAGAGGUUCACGACAAGGUGAUCCACUAUCACCCACCCUCUUCAUCUUGGUCGAAGAAGUCCUCAGUCGAUCCCUCACCCGAGCGAUCAAUCAAGGACUUAUCCGACCAUACUACUCGAAGAGGGGUUGUCCAAUCAUCUCACACUCCCUCUUUGCUGAUGAUGCGAUACUCUUCCUCAAUGGAUGUGAGACAUCCAUUAGAGGGCUCAUAAGUAUUAUCUCAAGGUAUGAACGAGCUGUAGGUCAACUCUUAAAUGCCUCGAAGAGUAGCUUCAUGGUAGGCCCUUCUACCCCCAUAGGGACCAUACGAUGCAUCUAG